UUAAUCUGAACACGGAGUCGAAAUGAACUUAAACACUGGUUAGGAAACCCUGUCCGGAGGAUUUAGUGAGGGGAAGUCCCCACAUAUGGGUGUCAUGACAACGGAUUUCGUUGAGGAAGUUCCCUUCAACGAUUAUCAGGGCUCCAUCAUCUUCAUCACAGAUUCAGUCAAAAUGCCCUGAAAUAAGGCAUAUAUGCAAGAACUCAUUUGUAUCUUCAUUGUAUUAACAAAAAUUGGCAAAAAUGUCGUUGGAAGAUCCCCGGCAUUAUUUGAAUAUUCAACCUGUUCCUCCAUGGUCUGCAGCAAAGGAUGCCAAACUCAAAGCUCGAAGUUUUAAUCAAUACAAUCUAGGUUCACCAACAAGAUUAGAUAUGUUCCGCAUGAAUUAUUCUCGGAGAUUACGUCAGUUGACUUCACAAGGUUUUAUGUCAUCCUCCAGUAAGCCAUAUCAACCAGUUGGCACUCUUAUUCUGAAUGUGAAAGACCUUGUUAAAAAGACACUGGGACAAGAAAAAGAUCAACAUCCAAAAUCUACAAAAGUGUUGUCAAAGGAAAACAUACCCUCAUCAAACCAUACUUCAAUGCAUGAUGCUGAUAAACCAAAGCCUGCAAGUUCCUCAAGUAGACCUAUUUCUUCACGAUCUCAGAAUCGAGGACUUAAUUUACAAGACAUUGCAACCAAUCUGAACAUGGUUGGAAGCACCAAGCAUUCUGUGAAACUGGGUCAUUCUUUAUUCAACAUACUUGAAACUUCAGAAUCUCUUAAGCUGGAAGCGAAACAUAAUGUUGAAAUAAAGGAUGUUCAAGCAAAAAAUUCAAAUGACGACAUGAAGAUUGUCAGUGUCACAUCUGAAACUGAUGCGGAAUUUCAGCAAGGUGCCAAAGCUCUUCCAGCACCACAAUUUUUAUUCAAAAUUGAUCAAUGUCAACUGCAGAGCACUGAUAAAUCUAGAGAAAUGCCCUCAGAUUUCAGUUACAAGGCCAUAUCUCACUCUGAUAAAAAUCAAAAAAAUUAUCAACUUUGGAGACAACUUUGUGCCUUGCAUUGGUUGAUCGAAGCAUGCAGACAUGAGCAAGGACUUUCUGAGAUUGUGACUCUUGGCGAGCACAUAGUUCCAUUGGCUGAAUGUUGGAAUACCGUUCAUCCUGGCGGAAUGGCUGAUGCAAAUUCUGAUAGAUAUAUGGGCACCAGUUGGCGUAGUUUCUCCAGAUCAAGUUUUCAAACAUCUGUAUCACUGUCAAGAUCAAAUUCUCAAUGUAGCGGCACUGUAUCCACAAGUCUAGGAUUUUUGUCACCAGCCUCUCCAAAGCGUCACAAAGAUGCACCUAAUGCUUUCGAACAUUCAAGAACUCCUUCAGUAUUUUCAAUUUCUCCUGGACAUAGCACAUUCAGAAGAAGUUCAAUUGAUAACAGACAAUUGGCUUCAGAAUAUGGAAAGAAUGUUGGCUCAAAGGAGACUCACGAUAAUGACAAUGAGUCCGAUUAUCAUAACAACCUUGUAAAACUUCUUGACACUGUUAAAGAAAGUGUAAGCAAAGAAAUGUUAUACAGAGAGAAAAUAGCAGAAGAUGAAGCAGAAAUGAAAGGAAGGCUGAAGGUUCCAGUUUACAAAUGGGCUCUCACACCUUAUCCAAAACCUGUACAACAAAACUAUGACAAAAAGAAGAGUGUCGUGGUAGAAGAUCAGACUUCACCAAGCAAGAAACCCACUGUGCACAUACGUCCGCAUACAGCAGGCCCAACCCUCCAAAACAGACGUGCUGUCUCCCAAGCAUCAGAAUCGUUCCAGAAACAGCCACGGCCUCAAACCGCAAUUCACAGUACCAACAAGUUGAAGCGACCAAGAAGUUCCCCGCCAAAGUUAUCUGUAGACAUUAGUGUAGAAUUUCAAAGUGCCAACAGAGAACAAACAAUGAUCAAAAUGAAAGAACAAUUUCAAGAAGUGACAAAUUUAAAAGCUUUAAGACUUCAUCAAAAUUUAACAGAAUUGCAAAGAAGCCGGUGGGAAAGAAUGGAAAAGAAAUUUGAAGCAUUUCAUGUUCGUCAACGUGGCAUGCAUCGCAAUUUAAAAGUUAUGAGGUCUGCAGUCGCUGCUGCCGGAAGUGGUGAUAGAAAUGGCAGCAGACUCUCUUCUCCGGCAGUUAGUGCAUCCACAUGUGAAUGGUACUCUCAACUUCUAAAAUUAACGUUGGCACAUGAGUCUGAAGAUAAACCCUGCAUGACUGUUAUGAAGAGACUUGAAGAAUCUGCAGCUCGUUGUAUGGGAUGGAUGUCGCCUGAUGUUACUUCAAGAUCAAGUCCUAGACUAAAAGAUUUGAAAAGAUCCAAUGCACCAAUUGACAACCAAAUUACGGUUGAAUCAUUUGUUACAGUUUUACGACAGUUGCGUUCGUUUGAAAUUUUCGCACCUGAUGUAAGUGCUGCAGUGGAAUUUAUGCGCAAAGAGGUUGUAAAAAUGCCACAAGAACAAUUUGAAGAUGUUAUUAAAAAAAUUGUAAUAUAAAUACAGAAAUGCAUAAUCGAUGCUUUCUGGUAAUAUCAGCUAUGCUCACUUUCCUUGUAAAUAAGGAAAACAUUCCAUAAAAGCAUGAUGAUUUUGCUGGUAUCCCUUGCAUAAUUUUGAAUACCGUAUACCAUUGUAUUGUAAACUAUCUCCGUCAUAAAAUUAUUUUAGUAUAUAAAUGUUAAUAUAAGAAUAUGGUUCCAUGUGUUAGAUAAUUUUGAUAAUUCUGUAUAAAAGCUUUCUAUAUUUUGUAUGCAUGAUUUUAUAUCCCUUUGCUUGCAACAUAUUUUUUACCUCCUUUCAAUGCCUAUAUAUGCGUAGCUACCAUUUUUCAUAUUUUGUUUUACCUAUGCUAAUCAAAUUACCUAGUUUUCAUAUGUUUGCUCAGUGGUUUACAAAUCUUUAUUGCUUUUGACUGAUGAUGUUUUGAUAUGCUAUGUAUCAAAUUUCGAUUUAACUGCCCUUGCAAUAAAUUAUCAUGUUGGAGUUUUGAGUGUUGAUGAAAAAUGUGAUUGAUAUAUCCGGAGACAUAUUUCAAAAAUAUUGGUAUUGGUAAUAUCAGCAGUUUUCAAGUUUUAAAAAUUGGUGUCAGCAAAUUUUUGGCAUAUGAAAUCUGGGAUACAAUACCUAGAGAUUUUAUUUCCAAAAAAAAAAACUAUAGCUUAUCUUGAAUGAAAG